AUGCUGGACGCCGCUCUCAUGCCUUUGCUUCAACUUGACCGUACUGGGCCGCCGACUGGCACAGCACCGGCGGUGGCAGAUUCCCACACUCCGUCAGGCUUCGGGAGCGGCUCCGAAGUUCGCAACGUUCUCCAGAGCCCUGCACCUGCAGAAUAUGACUUCCGAGAGGCCACGAACAGGUCUCUGACCACAUCCACGUCUACUGGCCUGCCUCUUCAAAGUGUACACUGCAUUGUUCCUUCCCAGGCGGAUAUGCCUAGGCAGGCCUAUGCCGCCUCAGAACAGUUGCUGACUCAACACGUUCCCCCAACGACCACUAUUUCCUCCGAGAAGCAUCCCGGCGUAAUUAUCAAGGCACCAGGAACACUUGGCGCGUUCAGGUGGGCAAUAGAUCGGAUCGCCGGAGGAGAAGGACCUGGUCACGCCACGGCCGCCCUCCGACCGUACCUCGACAGGACUGAUCAGCAUUGGGACCUAUCACAAGCAUCCACAAGCCGAUUGAUCAGCAAUCAGAAACGACCACCCUCUUUUCACAGUGCUAUCCACCCAGAUGACCAAGCUCGUCCCGUGCGGGAGCGUCGCCGCAAGAUCACGCCACCGAAGAUUAGUGCGCAGCGCCUAGCUUUGCAACUGAACCAAUCUCAAUUGCAACAAGCCAAAGCGUUGGAGUCGAGGUCCGUUACGGAGAUGCUCGCCCCUUCUAUUCUGGAUAAUGAAGCGCUGCCUGCGCAAUUCCAUGUCACCCAGCCGUUACCGCCUCCAUUUGCUGCCUCGUCAAGUCGCAUAGGCAUUGCUGACCGCCCAAAAACGCCAAUUCAGAAGGUUAAAAAGGCACUUGGCAGCUUGAUCGACCCACGUGCGAAGAUAGUCGACGGCACUCGGGCCUGCCUCUCAAGCAGCGCCAUCAACGAAGAAUGUGAUGCUGGCUACACCAACCCGCCUGCUGUUAGCCCCGACCUGCCUCCCACGACUUUGACCCGAAUUGCACGUAUCAGGCUUCCAGGCGUGUUCACGCAUGUUGACGAGCAUCCAACCGAGACCGAGUUGCAAGACCACCUCCCUUCUUUGAUGAUACCCGGUUCGAUGACCCCAGCUAAUCACUACUUACCGGCUGGAGUCACCGCACGCAGCGUACUCGAUAUGCAGAAGAGGCGCGUCCAAAUGAAAGAAGCCGGCAUCCCGAUCCAUGAUCCGGAGUACGUCCGGAUCACCGGAAUCCUUACUCUUGUGCCUCGCAAUAUCGUUCUUGCAGGCCAGCAAGCCAAGCCUUCGAGCGGUGAAGCCCAGACGACAGACGCAGAGAAGUGUCAUACACAGCAACAGCAGCAGAAACAGAGCACAUGUCAAAGACGUCAAGGCAGGGUCUUCCACGCCUCUGACGCAGCUUUCGUCCAGUAUGCAGUGGAAGGCAAGCAACACGAACACGACCACGAACACGAACACCAGGAACAAGAUGAGCCGACCUCCUUUUGA